AUGGCGUCGUGGAUGUGGACGCUGAUCCUGCUGAGCUCCUUGUGGCCCGCAAGCCACGGCUCGAGGCCCCGGAAGCUGGAAUUCUUCCGCAGUAAGACAGAGUUAAACCACCUGGUGGUCGAUGAAGCAUCGGGGACGGUGUACCUGGGGGCCGUGAAUGCCCUUUACCAGCUCACUGCUGACCUGCAGCUGGUCCACGAGGUGGAAACGGGGCCUGCCCUGGACAACAAGAAAUGCACGCCGCCCAUCGAGCCGAGCCAGUGCCAAGAGGCCGUGGACAUGGAUAACGUCAACAAGCUGCUCCUGCUCGAUCGGCCGGCCGGGCGGCUGGUGGAGUGCGGCAGCCUCUUCAAGGGCAUCUGUGCCCUCAGGGAGCUGGGCAACAUCUCCCACCGCAUCUUCUAUGAGGACAGCAGCGGGGAAAAGUCCUUCGUGGCCAGCAACGACGAGCGCGUCUCCACGGUGGGGCUGGUGACCAGCGUGGGCAAGGAUGAUGGCGACGGAGGGCCUGGCGAGCGUGUGCUUUUCGUGGGCAAGGGCAACGGGCCCCAUGACAACGGGAUCAUCAUCAGCACCCGCCUGCUGGACCGCAAGGAUGGCAAGGAGGCCUUCGAAGCCUACACGGACCACACAGCCUUCAAGGCGGGCUACCUGUCGGCCAACACCCAGCAGUUCGUGGCCGUGUUUGAGGAUGGCGACUACGUCUUCUUCAUCUUUAACCAGCAGGACAAGCAGCCCGCCAAGAACCGUACCAUCGUGGCCCGCAUGUGCAAGCAAGACUCCUUCUACUACUCCUACUUUGAGAUGGACCUGGAGUGCCAGGGCCCCUCCGGGGACGUUUACAGCAUCUGCCAUGCAGCCUUCGUGGCGCCAGGACCCACGCCGGAGGCCAGUCAGGUGCUCUUCGCAGUCUUUAGUAAAGACAGUAAGGGCAGCGGCGGCACCCCUCGCUCGGCACUGUGCCUCUUCCCCUUGGAGAAGGUCCACCAGAAGAUGGAGGAGAACAGGAACAAAUGCUACAUGGGCGCUCAGGGGAGCAGCUCUGAGACCUUCUACAAGCCCUUCCACGGGGACAUCCAGUGUGUGAGCCAUGGAGCGAUGGCCAGCCAGAGCUUCCGCUGUGGCUCUGAGCACCUACCGUACCCCCUGGGGAGCCGGGACGGGCUGGUGGGCACCGCUACCCUGCAGAGAGAUGGCAUAAACCUGACGGCAGUGACUGUGACGACUGAAAAUGGGCACACUGUGGUCUUACUGGGGACAUCGGAUGGCCGCGUCCACAAGGUGUUCCUGAGGGCCGAUGGGACAUCCAUGGAGUACGGCUCUAUCCUCGUGGAAGUAAACAAACGCAUCGAGAGAGAUUUGGUGUUUUCCACCAAUGGGACAAAUCUCUACGUUAUGACCCAGGACAAGGUUUUCCGGCUUCCUGUUCAGGAGUGUCUAAGUUACACGACCUGUGAGCAGUGCAAGGAGUCUCGGGACCCCUACUGUGGCUGGUGUGUGCUCGAGGGACGCUGCACCAGGAAGCUCAACUGCCUGAGGGCAGAGGAGAAGAAUCACUGGCUCUGGAGUUGGGGUGACUCCUGUGUGACUGUCACCAGUGCCCAGCCCCAGAAUAUGAGCCGCCGUGCUCAGGGAGAGGUGCACUUGACAGUCAGCCCUCUCCCAGCUCUGACAAUAAAUGACGACCUUCAGUGUAGCUUUGGGGACUCGCCAGCACACCCUGCCCGUGUGGAAGGAGAGACCAUCAUCUGCAACUCCCCCAGCAGCAUCCCCCCGACGCCUCCAGGCCAAGAUCACGUGGAAGUCCUGAUCACACUCACCUUCUUGCGGACCCCUGUGUUCUUGACCUCUCACAUGUACCCAUUCUAUGACUGCAAGGAGGCCAUGAGUCUGAAAGAGAAUGUGCCGUGCAUCUCUUGCUCCAGUAACCGCUGGAACUGCCAGUGGGACCUGAAGUACCACGAGUGCCGAGAGUCUUCUCCUAACCCCGAGGAGGGCAUCAUCAAGUCCCACAUGGAGGAGAACUGUCCCCAGUUCCUGAACCCUAGCCCGCUGGUCAUUCCCAUGAAUUAUGAGACAGCCGUGAACUUUGAGGGGAAGAAUCUGGAUCCAGUGAAGGUAUCAUCCCUGCAUGUGGGCAGCGAGAAGCUGAAGUUUGAAGAGCCAGUGACCACUGGGGAGUCGGGCACCUUCACCUUUACCACCCCCAAGUUGUCCUAUGAUGGGAACGAGACGCUGCCCCUGAACUUGUACAUCAAGUCUUAUGGGAAGAACAUCGAUAGCAAACUGGAGGUGACCCUCUACAACUGCUCCUUUGGCCGCAGCGACUGCAGCCUCUGCCUGGCUGCCAACCCUGCCUACCGCUGUGUGUGGUGCGGGGGCCAGAAUCAGUGUGUGUACGAGGCCCUGUGCAGCAACGUCACCACCGAGUGCCCGGCCCCUGUCAUCACCAAGAUCCAACCCGAGACGGGUCCCCUGGGCGGAAGCAUUCGAGUCACCAUCCUGGGCUCCAACCUGGGCAUCCGAGCAGACGAUGUCCAAAGGAUCACAGUGGCCGGCAAGAACUGUGAUUUCCAGAGGGCCCAGUAUUCCGUGUCCACCAGGAUUGUGUGUAAGGUGGACCCUUCUGAGGAAGCCAUCACGGGGGGCAUUGAGGUGGACAUCAGUGGGAAGCUGGGCCAGUCGCCGCCCCAUGUCCAGUUCACCUACCAGCAACCAGUACCCAAGAAGGUGAGCCCCACCCAGGGGCCACAGGCCGGCGGGACCACCCUGGUCAUCAGCGGCUCCUACCUAGACACUGGAUCCCCCGAGGAUGUGCGGGUGAUCCUGGGCACCUCCAAGAAGGGAGUGCCCUGUGAGGUCAUUGAAUUUGGGCCGCAGCUCCGCUGUGUCACGGGGCCCUAUGAGGCCCUCGGGGAGGUCCCCAUUGAGGUCUACUAUGGCAGCUCCCAGGCAGCAGGGGACCGAGUCACCUUCACGUACUGGGAGAACCCGGUACUAAAGGCCUUUGAGCCCCUCCGGAGCUUCGUCAGCGGAGGCCGGAACAUCAACAUCACAGGCCAGGGCUUUGACCUGAUCCAGAACUUCUCCAUGGUGGUGAUUGCAGAGCCCCUCCGAUCCUGGAGCAAGAGGAGGAAGAGGCAGGCUCUGAGCCCCCUCCAGGCCACCAAGGUGGUAGGGACCACAUACACCCGCUACAGCGACACCAAGAUCGUCUUCUCGUCCCCCCAAGUCCCCGACGAGCCCGAGGCCUACAACAUCACCACGUUGCUCCAGAUGGACGGCCACCACGUCCUGCUGAAGACCGAGGCCGGGGCCUUCGAGUACGUCCCAGACCCCACCUUCGAGAACUUCACCGACGGCGUCAAGAAGCAAGUGAACAAGCUCAUCCACGCCAGGGGUACCAACCUAAACAAAGCCAUGACCAUCCAUGAGGCAGAGGCAUUUGUGGGGGCCGAACGAUGUUUCAUGAAGACGUUGACUGAGACUGACCUGUACUGUGAGCCCCCCGAGGUGCAGCCGCCCCCCAAGCGGCGGCAGAAGCGGGAUACCACCCACAACCUGCCCGAGUUCAUCGUGAAGUUUGGCGCCCGAGAGUGGGUCCUCGGCCGGGUAGAGUACGACACACGGAUGAGCGACAUGCCCCUCAACAUCAUCCUGCCCCUGGUCAUCAUCCCCAUGGUGGCCGUCAUUGUCUUCUCCAUCUACUGCUACUGGCGAAAGAGCCAACAAGCUGAACGUGAGUACGAGAAGAUCAAGUCUCAGCUGGAGGGCCUGGAGGAAAGCGUCCGUGACCGCUGCAAGAAGGAGUUCACAGACCUGAUGAUCGAGAUGGAAGACCAGACCAAUGACGUGCACGAGGCCGGGAUCCCCGUGCUGGAUUACAAGACCUACACGGACCGAGUCUUCUUCCUGCCCUCCAAAGAUGGGGACAAGGACGUCAUGAUCACCGGGAAGCUGGACAUCCCCGAGUCCCGCAGGCAGACCGUGGAGCAGGCUCUCAACCAGUUCUCUAACCUGCUCAACAGCAAAUCCUUCCUCAUCAAUUUCAUCCACACGCUGGAGAACCAGCGGGAAUUCUCCGCCCGGGCCAAGGUGUACUUCGCAUCCCUGCUGACGGUGGCCCUCCACGGGAAGCUCGAGUACUACACGGACAUCAUGCGGACGCUCUUCUUGGAGCUCAUGGACCAGUAUGUGGGGGCCAGGAACCCCAAGCUGAUGCUGAGGAGGUCAGAGACUGUAGUGGAGAGAAUGCUUUCCAACUGGAUGUCCAUCUGUCUAUACCAGUAUCUCAAGGAUACCGCUGGCGAAUCGCUCUACAAGCUCUUCAAGGCCAUCAAGCACCAGGUGGAGAAGGGGCCUGUAGAUGCAGUGCAGAGGAAGGCCAAGUACACCCUGAACGACACGGGGCUCCUGGGGGAUGAUGUGGAGUACAUUCCAUUGACUGUGAACGUCAUUGUUCAGGAGGAAGGUGUAGAAGCCAUUCCUGUCAAAGUCCUCAACUGUGACACCAUCACCCAAGUCAAGGAGAAGAUUAUUGAUCAGGUGUACCGCACACUGCCCUGCUCAAGGUGGCCCAAGGCUGAGAGUGUCGUCCUGGAGUGGCGUCCUGGCUCCACAGCCCAAAUCCUGUCUGACUUGGACCUUACGUCGCAGCGUGAUGGCCGCUGGAAACGAAUCAAUACACUCAUGCAUUACAACGUCCGGGAUGGGGCCACCCUUAUCCUUUCCAAGAUGGGGAUCUCCCAGCAGCCUGAGGACAGCCAGCAGGACCUGCCUGGAGAGCGCCAUGCCCUCCUGGAGGAGGAAAACAGAGUGUGGCACCUGGUGAGGCCCACAGAUGAGGUCGAAGAAGGAAAGUCCAAACGGGGCAGCAUGAAGGAGAAGGAGAGGACCAAGGCCAUCACGGAAAUCUACCUGACCCGCCUGCUCUCUGUGAAGGGCACGCUGCAGCAGUUUGUGGAUAACUUCUUCCACAGCGUCCUGACUCCUAGCCCGACCGUACCCCCAGCUGUCAAAUACUUCUUUGACUUCUUAGACGAGCAAGCAGAGAGGCAUGAGAUCAAGGACGAGGACACGAUUCACAUCUGGAAAACCAACAGUUUACCACUCCGAUUUUGGGUAAACAUCCUGAAGAACCCUCAUUUCAUCUUUGAUGUCCAUGUCCCGGAGGUGGUAGACUCGUCCCUGUCCGUCAUUGCCCAGACUUUCAUGGAUGCCUGCACUCGGACAGAGCACAAGCUGAGCAGGGAUUCUCCCAGUAACAAACUGCUCUACGCCAAAGAGAUUUCCACCUACAAGAAGAUGGUGGAGGAUUACUACAGAGGGAUUCGACAGAUGGUACAAGUGAGCGACCAGGACAUGAACACCCACUUAGCGGAGAUUUCCCGGGCACACACGGACUCUCUCAACACCCUCGUGGCCCUGCACCAGCUGUACCAGUACACCCAGAAAUACUAUGAUGAGAUCAUCAAUGCCCUGGAGGAGGACCCCGCAGCCCAGAAAAUGCAGCUGGCCUUCCGCCUGCAGCAGAUCGCGGCCGCCUUGGAGAACAAGGUCACGGACCUCUGACCCUUCCCGUCAGACGCCGCCGCCACCGCCGCCGCCGGGCAUCGUCCUCUUUCCUCUCCCAUUUGAAACUACGAGAAUUCUGCGAGAAAGGAAUCAUGGUCUUGUGGAUCAGCAAGCUGAGCUGUUAAAAGGAUUCGGACUGCAAGUGGCACUGGUGGGGGGGCUCUUAGAAACACAGACUUCACCUUUGAGAGCCCCCACAAGCAAGGCCGGGGCUGGGGCAGCCCGAGAAGGCCCCCUCUCCUCCCAAGGAGAGGCUUGGGCCCCUGAGCCACGCCUGCCCACCCAACCACCACAGAAGGGCUGAGCCCAAGUCCUUGGGCCCCACGCUGGCCCAGGGGGAUCCCACCCCGCUGCCUGGUUUCUGCGACAGGAUGAAUUCUGGGUUAAGAUCUCAGCGUGUGAUCAGGAGCCAGCUGGACUCCAGGCUGCCUGGAGUCCAGCGAGGCCAAGAAGAUACCAGCUCUGCCUGCCCGGCCCUGCCACGCUGGGGCCACGGCAUUUAGGGUAUUUCCUGAUUGAUCUGUAAAUGUGCCUUAUUGAUCCCCUGAUGCCUGCGACUUGGGCCUGCACCAGGAUAGAAGAGAGCAGCGAGCCCUGGUUCUUUCUGUGCGGCCGGCCGGCCGGGGGCCCGAGGCUGACCCGUGGGGAUGCCCCCAGCUGGCAGAACUGUUCAUUUUGACCUUCUGCGCCAGCUUUGAGCUGCCGGAGGUCUGCUUGCCCAUCCCUGGCACUCAGUUGCCAUCCAAUGGCAUCUCCAGCCCUUUCCUGCGUCUUUCCCAGGAGGUGAGAGACAAAAUUCGGUACGAUUUCCCCCAGCACAAGGGAUGGAGCGACGGCGCCCCACUCCCACCCCCCAGCCCUCCGGGCUCCUGCCUGUGGCAGGGACCCCUGGGACGGGGCAGCGUGGCCAAGGGCCCAGCUCGGAUCCCCAGCCAGCCCCAGGGGCGAGCGAUGGCUGGCCAAUCACCCCUCCCGGGCAGGCCGCGUGGACCGUGCCCAGCCGAGCGUGCGGGGCGUCAAACGUCCCAUCGUGUGUUGGCCGUGCAGGGCCGCGUGGGACAUCGGACACGGGAGACUUUAGUCAUGUCUAGUGUUGGACACACGAGGUCGUGUCAAGUGUGGCGUGUUGGUGUCUCGUUGAGUGUUGGCCGCGUUACGAGUCGGGCAUCAAAUGUCGCCUCGACGGAGCACCGAACGUCGGGACGACCACAGAGAGCCCGGGAGGGCCGGGCAGCCCCUCGGGGCGCGUCUCUCGUCCGGCCCAGCCGCGUGGCCUCCUGCCGCGGCCCUCAUCGUGUGUGGCAUCGGGACGGGGGGCCUGAGCGGCUCGUGGGUCGGGCAGACCGAGGGGUCUCCCCCACCCCGCCACCCCCUUCCCCACUGUGGAAAUCUUGUUUGUCGUAAGCCAAAUACAACGUUUCCUUUUUCUUA